AUAACAUUCAGGGACACGCAGUACCAAUUCAGUUGAACCACAUGAACGACAACAUUCUAGAAUCAGAAGACUUGGACGUUGUCAGGGAGGACAGUGCUUGCUAGUCCUGUUAAAAGCACCACGUUGGGUGCGUCUUCUUUUGUGUCGAUUGAAGUGUCACACAAACUAAGAAAGGGAGUGCCAACAAAAUGAAGAAACUUGUAAUUUGCCUUGCGGGGCUUUUUCUUUUACUUGGAGCGGUACGGGCGGAUGAUGGAGAAGAAAUCACAGAUACUGUGGAUGCGGACCUUGGAGCAAGCAGAGAAGGAUCCAGGACUGAUGAUGAAGUUGUUAAAAGAGAAGAAGAAGCAAUUAAGUUGGAUGGUUUAAAUGUUGCUCAAGUUAAGGAACUACGAGAAAAAGCUGAAAAGUUUGCCUUUCAAGCUGAAGUGAAUCGAAUGAUGAAACUUAUCAUAAAUUCAUUGUAUAGAAAUAAGGAAAUAUAUCUUAGAGAAUUGAUAUCAAAUGCUUCUGAUGCUUUGGAUAAAAUUCGUCUCCUUUCUCUCACUGAUAAAACAGUUCUUGAUUCAACAGAGGAACUAAAUAUCAAGAUAAAGGCUGAUAAAGAUAAUCAUAUUCUUCACAUUAUUGAUACUGGUAUUGGUAUGACCAAAAAUGAUUUGGUUAAUAAUCUUGGUACAAUAGCAAAAUCGGGCACAGCAGAUUUCUUGAAUAAAAUGCAGGAUGCAUCAACUACGUCUCAAGAUAUGAAUGAUUUAAUUGGCCAAUUUGGUGUUGGCUUUUAUUCAUCCUUUUUGGUUGCUGACCGUGUUGUUGUUACUACUAAGCACAAUGAUGAUAAGCAAUACAUCUGGGAAUCUGAUGCUUCAAGUUUCAGCAUUGUUGAAGAUCCUCGUGGCAAUUCGUUGAAGCGUGGAACCCAAAUCAGCCUUCAUCUCAAGGAGGAAGCAUAUGAUUUCUUGGAACAAGAUACCAUCAAAAAUCUAGUGAAGAAAUAUUCCCAAUUCAUCAACUUCCCCAUUUACUUGUGGACUAGUAAGACAAUUCAAGUGGAAGAACCUAUUGAUGAUGAAGAAGCUCCACAGAAGGAAGAGAAAGAAGAAGCAACUGAGGAAGAUGAUGCAAAGGUGGAAGAAGAAAAACAAGAGGACAAACCAAAAACUAAGAAGAUAGAUAAAACCGUUUGGGACUGGGAGGUUCUUAAUGAUAGCAAGCCAAUUUGGACUCGCAAGCCGGCAGAUAUAAGUGAUGAUGAAUAUAAUGAAUUUUAUAAGUCUCUUACUAAAGAUUCUAGUGAACCUCUGACUAAGGUGCAUUUUAUUGCUGAAGGGGAAGUCACCUUUAAAUCCUUGCUUUUUGUACCCAAAGCUCAGCCUAGUGAAAGCUUUAAUCGAUAUGGAAGCAAGACUGAUAAUAUUAAGCUCUACGUUCGUCGUGUUUUCAUUACUGAUGAAUUCAAUGACAUGAUGCCUAACUAUCUGAGUUUCGUCCAAGGUGUUGUUGAUUCAGAUGACCUUCCUCUCAAUGUUUCUCGUGAAACUCUGCAACAACACAAAUUGAUUAAGGUAAUCAAAAAGAAGCUGGUGCGUAAAGCAUUGGAUAUGUUCAAGAAAAUUGAUAAGGAUGAAUAUGAAAAGUUCUGGAAAGAGUAUUCUACCAACAUGAAACUAGGAGUUAUUGAAGAUCCUUCAAAUCGCACACGCCUUGCUAAACUACUUAUGUUCCAUUCGUCAAAUCAGCCAGGCUUGACAAAUCUUUCAGAUUAUGUGAGCCGAAUGAAAGAGAAGCAGGAGCACAUAUAUUACAUUGCUGGAGCCAAUUUGUCUGAAGUGGAGAAAUCUCCUUUUGUUGAACGUCUUUUAAAGAAGGGCUAUGAAGUACUUUAUUUAACUGAAGCUGUAGAUGAAUAUUGCAUAUCAGCUCUCCCUGAAUUUGAUGGUAAAAAAUUCCAAAAUGUGGCAAAGGAAGGAUUUAGCUUAUCUGAAGGAGAUGAAAAGGCGAAAGAGAAAUUAGAUUCUUUAAAAGAAAGAUACGAACCUCUUCUAAAGUGGUUAUCUGAAGAAGCACUGAAAGAUCAAAUAGCCAAAGCAGCAAUUUCUGAAAGAUUAUCUGGUUCUCCUUGUGCUCUUGUGGCAUCCAUGUUUGGUUGGACAGGAAAUAUGGAGAGAUUGGCAGUUUCUAAUGCUCAUCAAAAGUCUGAUGAUCCUCAACGCAGUUAUUAUCUCAAUCAAAAGAAAACUCUAGAAAUAAAUCCUCGACAUCCGUUGAUCAAAGAACUGCUCAGGAGAGUAGAAGAUGAUCCCAAGGAUGCUUCUGCAAAGGAGAUUGCAGUCAUGAUGUUCCAAACAGCUACAUUGCGAUCUGGUUUCAUGCUUAGAGAAACCUCUGAAUUUGCAGAAAACGUAGAAGUAAUGAUGAGGAAGACAUUGGGUAUUCCACUAGAGGAACAGCCAGAUGAAGAUGACGAUGAUGGAGAAGAUGAACAGUCGCAAAGUGAUGAAAACGAGACUGAAUCAUAUGACAAUGAAGAUGCCGAAGAAAAUGGUGAUCAUGACGAAUUAUAGUAGACUCUCCAACAGUGAUUUUUGCCAUUGAUUUCAUUUCAUUUCAUUUCAUUUCUUUAGAUGGCAAUUAUUGUCUUCUAAAAUCAUUUCUGUUCCGUAAUGAUCAAGGGUACCUUUAUCAUACAUUUUUCUUUUGUUGAAAAUGUUGACCUCAGUGAUAAUGUUCUGUGUGUAGAAUUCGAUAUUUUAAGGCGCUGCCUUUUUUCCAAGUGGAACAUGAGACUUCCAAAGUAUUCUUCAUGAAUCCUAUGCAUUUGUCUUCAUUGUUAUAUUUAUAAUUUAAAAAUUUUUGUUAUAAAAAGUAAUAGAAGUGAACAUGUGAGUUAGUUUUUGUAACUCAGUUCAUUACUGUGGUGUGUGAAUGAAUGAAUGUGAAUUGUAAUUGUAUUGCAAGAUGUAAAUGUUGAAAGUAAUGGCGAUGUGAAAUACAAUGUUUUGUAUUGAUAACAAAAUUUUUUCUUUUUCAAUGAUCC